GUUUCCGACGACUCAUCAAAGUACCUACUUAACUACUGCAACCAUACAGCAUAAUCAGAAACUCCAAUCAUCGAUCACGAGAUCUACCAUUGGAAAAUGGUCUCAUCAGUGCAUGAGGAUAAGGUCUCUGAACCUGAAUCGAAGUCGCCAGUACAAUCGACAACUUCUACCUCCGGGCGCCUUGGCAAGCGAAAACGCGGUAGGGAAAAUGGCGAUGACUCAUCACGAACACCCAAACCUCUACCGAGAGUAGAACGGACCAACACACUCCCGAUCGCAGAUUUCAUCGAGACAUAUGUACCUCGUUCAUAUCUCAAAUUCACACUCCCAGCCCCCCAAAGCUCUAUCAAAGAUAGUGCCGCCACGACUAUUACCGAAAAGGAACCUAGCACGACUUCUGAAACAUACACGCUAGAUAUCCAUAGCGCUGCAUCGAUUCCCUCGGCUGAUUUCGAAGCCUGUUUCAAUCUCGUUGAAUUGACUUCAUCUAAUGACUAUGAAAAUUCUAGCAUUGGAUGGUCUCCGUCGAAGAAGAGGAAGGAGAUGAAGUUGCCUGAUAUGCGGUAUAUGGUGUUGAAGAAGCAGGAGAAACAAGAGCGGGAGAUGAAGAGUGAAGUUGAAGAGUCUGUGAAAGGGAAUGGUGGUGCAUUGCAUGAAGGAAGAGAUAUAGCGCUCGGGUUUCUUUCUUUCAUGGUUACGUAUGAAGAUGGGAAGGAGGUGGUUUAUUGUUACGAGAUCCAUCUAGCGCCUGCGAUGCAGGGGAAGGGGAUAGGAAAACGCAUGAUGGAUCUGUACGAGGAGAUCGGACGGAGGGUUGGGCUUGAGAAGGCGAUGCUGACGGUUUUCAAGGCCAAUGCUGUGGCGAGGAAAUUUUAUGAGAGGUUGGGCUACGAGGUGGACGAGUAUUCGCCGCAGCCGAGAAAGCUGCGGAAUGGGACCAUCAAGGAGCCUGAUUAUGUGAUUUUGUCUAAAUCGCUAAAGGUGGCUGAACAAGAGACGAAGUCGGACGCAAAAUAGUCCGCAUGAAUAAUGACGCUUGCCCUUCAUGUGUGGGUUUUCAUGUUCCCAUUCAUCACGCAGGGCAGCAAAGAUGGAAUCUGCGACUAGGAUUGAGAGCCCCAGACUCCAUACCAAGGU